AUGGCGGAGAGCGCCCCGAUCAAUCGAGCUAAAUCGGGUGAAUCCAACUCGGGCGUCACUGCCGCUGAACUCUUCACAGAACUGUCCGGAGGAUAUGAAUCACCCCAUCCCUCACCCCCAAAUUCUCCUAAACCUGCUGGUCACACUCCCGACGUCGUUACGACCAAUGCUCCAAUGCCCAUCGCAUCGACCUCGAAUCAGACAGAACCUAAGCGCAAGAGGCCUCGAAUUGUUAGAACCAGACAACCGCAAGCUGAAGAACUUCAGGCUUUGGGCAUCAAAGUCAUUGAUUUUGCCUAUGUUAGUACGCUGCCAAAAGUGAAGCCCUACUAUCGGCAGCCCGCGCAGUCCCAGCCCACACCCCCUGGCCAUAAGAAACUGAGUCGCGAAGACACCGAGCCAAUCUUGGGCGAAUCUUCGCAGCAAAAUCAACCAAGCCGACCUUUGAGACGAGAAGAUACGGAGCCCGUAAUCGAAGAAUCUUCGCAAGCGCCCGCCGCCCUUCCCACUGCGCGGCCGCUUGGACGGACUGUUGCAACCCAAGAUAUCGUCGCCCACAACACCCUAUCUCCCCAGCCAGGUCCCUCCGCGCUAUCUCCUCGUCCGCUUCCGCCUUUCAAAAACUAUUCGCGCAGCAUCGUGCUCGUUUCACCAUUGCCGAAGCUCUCGCUCAAAACCAAUUUUAGCAAUAAUGCGUUGAAAUUGUUCGACGCAUCGCCCUCGACCCCCGUUUCGCCUGGGGCCACGUUGAUUACCCUCCCUCGACCUCGUCGCGGUACUAGAAAGCCUUCCGGCGCUGAACAAUCCAUCACUCGAACAAGAACCACUCGGAGCACGACCCGCAGGACUGAAGCCGCCCAGUCCACGGCCCCUCGCUACAACCUACGCAGUAGCAACAAGAAGACAACCCCUGUCCCCGCUCAACCCCCUGCAAAAUCGCGAACGGCGACCAAGAAGUCGACUUCUGUCAAACACGUUGCACAACCGGCUGGCCGCAAACGAACUCGCUCGGAACCUGCGGGAGCAUCCGCCGCAGUAACCGUCGUUGCCAAUUGUCCCACUCCCAAACGACCCCGCACGCAACCACUAUACCCCAACGAACGCCCUGCCAAACGAGCUCGACGCUAA